GCAAAUACGAUACCUUUUUGUAAAGAUGGCCGACUUUUUGUUGUUUACACUGUAUUCUUAAUUUCUGCUGACCUCUACAGGUACAUCCGGCAAGAUUUUCUUAACAAGUGCUGCUCAUUGAAUUUGGUUUCGUUGCAGAACAAAAACAGUAUCUUUAUGAGUUGUGGUCGAGAGUUCUUAAAAAAGGAUAGAACAUUUCAUGGUUAUUUCAAACAUAGUAUGUCGUCCGUCUCGUCAGCGACGAAAAGACAAGCCGGCGAAGCGAGCCGAGGUUAUCAUGAUGUUUGACUUCAGCUUAACGCCUUGGAAAAGGUCUUAAAAGAAUCGCGAAAUUAACCCAGAAGCGUAGACUUGCCCCGAGAGGUUUUGUUAAGGUACCACUGAGCCAAAUCACGCCUGAGAAAUUGCCUGACUUUAUCCCAAUUGAGUUUUAUUUCCGGAAUUUCUUCAAUUUAAGUGGCCCUCACUAAAGCUGAUAACCAAAUUACGCCAGUGGAGUAGCCUUCAUUCGGUAUUCUGAAAAGAUUAACACAACAUGAAUAUGCAGUUGGUUUAAGAGAUUUCUGAACGUCAUUGGACGAUCGCGGAAGCAGGAUCUCAUUAAACUUCAGAACUGCCCUUCUUAAAGGCAAGCUGCUCAGAGCAAAACUUAAACAGUACACAGCAAGUCUGAGACGGUCAUGAACUUUACAGCAGCCAACGGUUCGUUUGCUACUCCUUUUCCUACAUUCGUAAAAGAUUGCGAAUCCAUCCAUCCAACAGCGAAGAAUUUGGCCUUCGCCAUCGUUCUUACGGUAAUCUGUGUCUUUACAUUUGUCGGCAAUGCGUGUGUUAUACUCACAGUGGCGUGUCACCGUAGUUUACACAGUGUUAGCUAUGUACUUCUCGUGUCUUUGGCUUUGGCUGACUUAUUCGUCUCGAUGUUCUCCAUGCCAUGGCGAAUUCACGCGACGAUACACAACACGUUAUGGUGUCUGGACCUUCCCACCUGCGCUUUUUGGAUCUGGACAGACUCGUUCGCUUGUUGCGCAUCUAUAACCAACUUAUCCGCAGUUGGAAUCGAGAGAUUCGUGGCAAUUAAGGCUCCUCUUCGCUACAACACGAUAAUGAACAAAAAAACAGGCUCUAUCAUGGUGGCUUUCGUGUGGAGCUACGCGCUGAUAUGGGCUUCUUUGGGGAAUCUAAAUUGGAGCAACCCCGACCAAGAGGUUUUUGAUAUAAAAAUAUCAUGUGCAAAACGCGAUACUAUAUAUUACACAGUCGUAGCGGUGUUUGCGUUUUACGUACCACUGGCCGUCGUUAUAGUAUCGUACACGUAUCUAACACGUGUAGCUAUCAUUCACGUAACUGCCUUGCAAGAAUUCAUGACUCCGCAACGACGACCGCGCGGUUGCUCCUUUCAAAGCGAGCGUACAAUACGACUUAUUAAGGAAAUUAAAGCCACUAAAAUGAUGGUGAUAGUCGUCGGCGUUUUCUUUAUUUCCUGGUUUCCAUUCUUCGUCAUGGUGUUGAAGAAUCUCUGGUCUCCAGCGCCAACCGAUCCACUCCUAGCGGAAUUAACAUCGGUGGUUUUUGUCUUCAUUUUGCCAAACUUGAACAGCGCUUUGAAUCCCAUCAUUUACAUGACAUUUACAAGAGAACUCAGGUACGCCUUUUAUGGGUUUUUCAAGAAAAUCCGCCAACAAAAGCGAAACGAAAACUCUUCAUUCACCUCAUGAGCUCAGGAAGCCAAGGAAAUGUAAAAGACAAACUUUUUAUUACUCAAAGCACCUUAUUUAAGACAAUCAUGUUAGGCAAUGUCUAGUUUGAUAAUAAUAAUAGCGUUUUCUAUUUAGAUGAAACGACACUCUCACAAUAGAAAAAAGGCGGUGAAGACUGAGUAUGCAAUGUUAUCAAGAGCCGAAAUGAUAGCAAAACAAAAGCACUGAACGUAAUGCUUACACAGCCCAUUUAUCAUGAUUAUAACAAAAGCUAAACCUCAUUCCUAUAAUUUAGAGUCGAAUUUCAGAAAUAAUACAUUUAGAGCAAUCGAGAUGAUGGCCAAAUAAAUCGGCAAAAGCAAACAAAAAGCUCCCCCUUGGUCAAUCCCCCUCAACCAAAACUCAAAAUAAAACAGAAAUUUGCAUAGUGAUCCCACUAGCUAAUUUCGAAAAAAAAAMCGUCUCGAAUAGAGAUAAAUUUCAAACGAUUUUAUCUUAAGUCUGUAAACACGUUUGCGUCGUUUCCAGUCGAUCUAGUUUUGAUAGCAAUAUAAAUACGUCGUGUCACGAUUUCCCCAUCAUAUCUGCAAUGUGUGGCUUUUCCGCUUAGAGCGGUUCUCGAAAUAGAGCUGUGCUUCAUAAUGAUGACUAGAAAGAGCAAUGGCCAAGGCUUUUAGUUUCUGUAAAGUACUAUCCAUGGGUUAAAUGCCCUUCAAAUUAAGGAURUUCGCGUGAAGCUCAUCUAGAUAAAGAUAAAUCUAGAAAACAACGGAAAUACUAGUGCAUUAAAAUGUAGCGGCUUUUUAUUAGAAUAUUGGAAGCCGAAGUAAGCGAAAAUAUAGUGAAAACAAGGAGAAACGAAAAUAAAACUAUCAACGAAAAAAAAAGGAAAAUAGCGCGCGCACUCCACUCAAAGARUGCAUAUCUUUUGAAAAUGAAAAUGGCUGCCGAUCAAUACUGCAACUCACAAGGUAACCGCGAAAAUAUACUCGUUAUCGCUAGAAUAGGGCUCGAGAAUCUAUGAUAAGACGCCGCAACACGAGAACUACAAUGCUAUUGCUUCAGUAAAUUUAGUUUCAGCGCGAACAGUUUCGUUAAGUAGCUCUGAAUUCGAAAAAAUAAAUAAAAAAGCCUUGAAUGUGCUAAAUAAUAUUGGAAUAAAAACAAAAACCUUAUAUCAAACUUGAUUGAUGGCUGUAUUAGAAGAGCAGGCUAGAACAGGAAAUUCAGUGGUCAUUAUUACACAUUAGUCAUCCAUCAGGUAUAUUUGUAAUAGCAAUGAGUUUAUUUUGAAAUAGGAGUACAAUUCGCCCAUUAAAAGUACAACUUAGAUCCGUUACAAGCAAGCCUUUUCCUUUUCGUACUUGGUCUAAAGAGUUUUUUUGUGUUUUAAUAUUUAUGUUUCUUCUUAAAUGGCUUCGCUAUGUCUAUACACAUAUCAAAUAUAUAUUCAAUAAGGCAACACAAUUUUUAACUUUUUAAAGCAAAUUAGGUUGGUUAAUAAUAAAAAUUUGUGCCUAUAAAUGAAUGAAUAAAGGUCAUCUAUUUACGUC